CUUUCUCUGCAAAGGGAAGUGCUUUUGAAGGUCGCUCACGGACGGGACUGCGAUGAGUGUGUGAAUGAGUGACGAGUCGACGACGCUCCUCCACCCGCUCCCCGCUUCCGCCUCCUAUUCCUUCCCUUGCCUUCUUCUUCUGCUUCUUCUUCCCUCUACGUCCUCCUCCUCCUCCUCCCCUCCCUUCCCCUCUCUACAUUCCAUUAGUUCUCGUCGCCUCGUCAUGUGAUUGUUCCCACGAGGAGCGGGAGAGAUUGAGAGGUCUCGAGCCGCCCCAUUGCAUUACAUUGCCUGUCAGCUCUCGCUCAGAUUAGCAGUCGCACUCGUCUGUGCAUCGAAGUUCGAGAGUCAGGGAGAGAGCAGAGUUAGAGGGAAGUGUGAGAGAGGAGCGGAGUCGGUGCCGGAUUGAUUCAUCUGAUCCUUCUACAAGAGAAAGACUACAAAGUCGAAGUCGCGGAGAGGAAGCAGCUUGCAGGGAUCGAAGGAGCAAGCAGGGAUGGCGGCGCCAAAUCCCGCCGCGGCGGCUGCCCCGAAGGCGGAGCCCGCACCACCCUUGCACCACGAUAUUAUGGAACAGAUGCCCGGGCUGCGCUACUGCAUUCACGACAAUCCUGACUUGCCGGAAGCUAUUAUACUCGGUUUCCAGCACUAUAUCAUCAACCUUGGCACGAUUGUGCUAUUUACCAACCUGAUUGUUCCGCUGAUGGGUGGAAAUGACGGUGACAAAGCAAGGGUUAUCCAAACGAUUCUUUUCGUAUCGGGAUUGAACACAUUUCUUCAAACGACGGUUGGAAGUCGUCUUCCUGUCGUCAUCGGAGUGUCUUUCUCCUACAUCGUGCCAAUUCUGACCAUCAUCAACACUCCUCGUCUGCAACGCAUCAACGAUGAUCAUGAAAGAUUCGAGCAUACCAUGCGUGCAAUCCAAGGAGCCCUAAUUGCUGGAUCAAGUCUCCAGAUUAUCCUUGGAUUCAGCGGCUUGUGGGGAAUCUUCACGCGAUUCUUGAGUCCUAUCGCCAUAGCCCCCACAAUUGCGAUGACCGCUCUCGGGCUAUACGAAUAUGGUUUUCCGCAGGUUGGAAAGUGUGUGGAGAUCGGCAUCCCCACCAUCAUUCUUGCGCUGGUAUUUUCACAGUACUUGUGGCAUGUUCGAGUCAAAGUGAAAAAGCACUUCCAUGUGUUCGAAUUGUUCCCUGUGCUGAUUACGCUAGUUAUCGUCUGGGGUUACGCCUACAUCCUUACUGUCAGUGGAGCUUACGACAACGCCAGCGUCGGUGGUCAAAGAAACUGUCGUACUGACAGAGCAAACAUUAUUGGUAGUGCUCCCUGGAUCAGAUUUUCUUAUCCACUUGAAUGGGGUGCACCUACAUUCGAUGCCGGUCACGCUUUCGGCAUCAUGUCCGCCGUCUUUGCGUCCACCGUCGAGUCAACUGCAGGAUUCUACGCCGCGUAUCGCCUGUCUGGAGCUACUCCUCCACCCCCGUAUGUUAUCUCGCGUGGAAUCGGAUGGGGGGGAAUCGCGAUUCUUCUAAGCGGUAUUUUCGGCACAGCGGCUGGAGCGACAGUUUCACCUGAGAACAUUGGACUCAUAGGAAUUACAAGGGUCGGGAGUCGACGUGUCAUCCAAAUCUCAGCAGCGUGGAUGGCCUUCUUCAGCUUAUUUGGCAAAUUUGGAGGUUUGUUCGCGUCCAUUCCGGUUUCCCUGUUUGCGGGAUUCUUCACCAUUCUCUUCGGAAUUGUUGCUGCUGUCGGUAUCUCUUCGCUGCACUUCGUCAACUUAAACAAAACGCGAAAUCUCUUCAUCGUUGGCUUCGCUUUGUACAUGGGACUGUCGGUGCCAUUCUAUUUCUAUCAGUACAGACAAGCCGCAGGAUACGGACCAGUACACACCAAUGCACGCUGGUUCAACGACAUUAUCAAUGUGUUCUUCUCUUCAAAUGCCGUGGUGGCUUUAUUGAUCGCGGCUUUUCUGGACAACACUAUGAAAUCCAAGCAGAUCAGUGACAAGGAUCGGGGCAUGCACUGGUUUAUGAAGUUUCACGAUUUCUCGAAGGACUCGCGAAACGAAGAGUUCUACAAGCUUCCGUACAUGCUCCACAAAUACUUCCCACCUGCCUAGAGGACUGGCUGAACAAGACCUAGUUCUGUUCAUAGAGUGGCAGUUUUUCGAUUGUAUCUUUGCUAGCUGAUUACCUUAGUCUCAUUCUGUUUCUCCUCCGCUGGCCCUUCUUUUACAAGUAAUUUUUUUGAGGGCAUCAGCUUUCCAUGUCGAUCAUUUGUGAAGUCAGAGCACAUGCCUAGGCCUUGCAAGGUUCCAUCGGGGAGGAACAGAAAACACCCACCAUGUACUGUCUCUCUCCAAUGGGUAAGAACAUUCAUAGUAUAGAGGCGACUUAGUUAGUUGCUUCCUUUUGACUUAGUUACUUCCCCUUCAUCCCUUUGGCACUCAAACGGCAAACUGAGAAUCCUAAUUAGCUCACCAUCACGAUACAAUAAUGCUAGCUGAGCUUUGCGAUGAUGCCUUGUAGUAUUUUUACCCUUCCAGUAGGAAAUUCAGCCAUUCAAUGUCUUUGUCGGAACGUUCUGUAGAAUCCUCGCAACAAUUGUUAAAAAUUUAUGAGUCCCAUCUUCGCUUGAAUUUGAGUUCUUGAAAGGAAGGUGCCAUCAUAGGUUGCAAUGUGUCCUGUUAGCAUUGUGGCUUACCCAUGCAGAGCCGUAGAUCAUAGGAAGUUGGCUUGUUGCGAAGAGUUUGAUUUGCUAAUAAGCGGAUCAGUUGUGUAAAUGUCGGGUAAGUUUGUGAGAGCCUGCACGGGAGGUGAGAGGUACCGCGUGAGGCAAUUUAUCCAUUACAUCCAAUUUGUAAGGUCGACCUGGUAAUUUAUAUAAUUGGCCAGACCAUGAGGUUUUAAUUUGUCUCUCCGUUUGUUCUGUUAUAUUUUCAGCAAGCAGAGUAUCUUAGGUGUCUCUGUAAGAAGGCAGAGGUCUACAGUAGAAUAGUCUGUUAGACGAGGCCCUCUCUUCAAAUUGAAGCCUAUUCUAUUUCUCUCUAACAUGUCUUCCGUCUAUAUUAAUCUUGACUUGGAUCUAUGUUUAUUCUGGAUCUUCAUACAUGAAAUGAAGUGAAGACGCGUCAUAUUUAAAACGCAAAGAACUCGUUGGCUGCACGUAUCCUGAAGCUUUUAGUGCUUGUACACUCCGAGCCAAGUGGCCUAAGCGGCG